AUGCCUUCAGUUACAGACAGAAGAGUGUACGAAGAUCAAAUACCGCCAUUUAUGACAGUGUUUGAUCUGGAUGCCGAGACAAUGGCAGAUCAGGAUACUGUCACACUCGUGGACACCAAAUUCGUCGACAUGGAACCAAAGCGACCUGGCAUGAUGGGUGCUCCUCCUCAGCAUGGUCUUGGUCCUAGCAUGAUGCCUGUCGACCCAACACACAAGCAUCACGAUAGCACAUCGACACAGACUUCCGAGUCAGCAGACUCUUCACCCACAACGACCUUGUCUACAACCGACUCUUCGCCCCUCUCAGAUGCUUCUCCCUCAUCUUCUCCCGAUUCUCCUAUGAAUCUUAUCCCACUCAACAACUAUCCGGCCACGAGCUUUGGCAAUCUUUCUACCAAUCUUAGCAGCACAACCACCACUACUCUGUUGAGUGAGCCUCCUCGACUGCAGCGACCCAUGACAUCACCCUCGCCUCGAAGAGGGCGCAACAUGAAGGGCCUGUCUAUUCAGCCCCCAUUCGCUGCCUCGACUUCAACGACAAAUAUUUCGCUGGUCUCCGAGCCUUCUUCUCCCUCAUUUAUCAAACCCAUGAUUCCUGCUAUGAGAAGAAAGCCUAGCCAGCUAAGCCUCAAGACCAACACUUCUGAUUUGAUCCAUAAGACCACCCUGGAGGUCCCCCCUUCACCAGCCAUGCCGAUGCUCCAGCGCCGAGCUCUUAAGCAUUCUUGCUCAUCACCUCACAUGUCUUCCGGUCUAAAGUCCGCAACCUUUGGUCCACCUGGCGGUAUGACUUUCCCCAAGGUAUUGGAAAGAAACGAAUCUGGACUUUCAGAAGUAUUGCGACCCACAAAGUCGAGUAUGAAACCAUCUUUCCAUUCUGCGAUUACUGAGGAAGAUUCGCCUAUUCGUACUCAGAUGGCCAUUCGAGAUGACGACCCUUAUCGCGACAACGAGAACAACGAGGACAUGAAGACACCAGGCUACCCCGACGGCCCAAUUGCUAUCUAUGGAGACAAUGUUUUCCUCUACUCGGAGCCCACGGCUGAUGAAGCAUCGCGUUUUGACGUAGUCAUCAAUUGCGCCCGAGAAGUCAGCAACCCCUUUGAUAUCCGCAAAGUGGCCCGUCAAUCACAGUCGCAAUCACCAUUCCAGUCUAUGCGACGCCCUGUUUCUGGAAUUGAAAGCCCUAUCCCUGAUACUGCUGUGUCCACAGCCAGCUUUAUGACAGCCUGGGAAUAUCCCCAGGAGGACUCGGCUGACACACCCACAACACCAAAGGCCUUCCAAUUCAAAGAGCCUGAAUACAUCCACAUUCCUUGGGACCACAAUACCGAUAUUGCGCCGGAUCUGAUGGAUUUAUGCGAUGUCAUUGAUAAGAGGACAAAAGCUGGCAAACGUGUGCUUGUCCAUUGUCAGCAGGGCGCGAGCCGAUCUGCCAGUUUGAUCAUUGCCUAUGGCCUGUUCCAGAAACCGCAUCUCACCGUGAACGAUGCUUACUACGCAGCUCAAGCUAAGAGUCAAUGGAUCAGCCCAAAUAUGAAGCUCAUGUAUUCGCUGCAGGAUUUCCAGAAGGAAGUGUCAACGAAGCGAACAGCUCUACCUUCACACCGCCCUCGUCCUGGCCGUAGCCCUUCAAAGCACAGAAUUACACUCUCUGUCGAUGCUAUCGACAUUGGAGCUAAGGAGCCACAGACUGCUCCUCUUCCCACACAGAAUGAAGCUUCGAAGGAGUCGCACUUAAAUUUGAGCCCAAGUCGACUUCGCGGCAACUCAACACCGGGGCCCCGACCGGUCUCACCUGGCCCAGCUUCGGCCCCCCCUACUUGCACCUGGAAAGACGAGGUUGAGCAGCGCCCGUCAGAACAUUUGGAUCCUUUCAAACUUGGUGACUUGCCUACGAGGCCCGUGUCAAGUCAGGGCAAGGCACCACCGACUCUAGCCCCGUCUCCCAUGAUGGACUCGAUCAUGAAGCCUCCCCCUUCGCCUGGGUUCCCUUCUCAAGCGAGUCUUGGUUUCCAGACCAUGACAUUCCCACGGUUCAAUCCAGCGCCGUCAGAAAUGAGAUGUAGCGAUGUGCCAGUGGAGAGAACGAUAACUCUUCCUGGUUCAUACCCAGAUGAUAAUGCUCUGUUAUCACCGAGAGCUGAGACAAUGACCAACAAUCCGCUUCAUGACGUCCAUGAAGUUGCGGGGAUGCGAUUUGUUGAGAGCCCACCAACUCCGAGCCAGGGCUUGUUUUCUCCUCGAGCGGGCAUGUUCCCUCGAGAUCCUUUCUCAACCUUCGGAAGACCACCGGUCGUUGCAGAUCCCAGGAGUCCACCUACAAAAGGCGAGGCACCUAUUAUUCGAUCAAUUGAUGAUCUCUUAUGA